AUAGGUUGCAGAGACAAAAACACCUUUCGGGACAUCUGUGAUAGGAGAUGCAAAUGUAAGAAUGGAAAACUAGUUUCUUGCUACAGAGUACGACAAGACUUCAAAAAAAUGAGCCUUGAAGAACGAACACGCCUCAUAAAAGCUUUCAAACUUCUUUCGUCUGAUCCAAGAUACAUAAGCGACUAUGAGAAAUUAGGAAAGCUGCAUUCAGUAGUACCAGAACCGAAGUAUUUUUACCCCUGGCACAGAUGGUAUGUCCUGGAGUUAGAAAAUCUUCUUCGCCAGAUCGACUGCCGGAUUACAAUUCCUUACUGGGAAUGGAUUAAAGACGCGGCGCACUGGACCCGAGGUUCUGAGAUCGAGGAUGUGUGGAAUCCAGGUCCUCACGGUCUGGGAGGUAAUGGGGUCUUCCCUUUCAAGUGCGUAAUGGAUGGCCCGUUUAAAAAGGGUGAAUACUCUUUACCACAGUCUGCUGGUGGGAAUUGCUUAAAAAGACAUUUUAAUUAUUCUUGCAAUCUACCAAAUGCAGAACAAGCAAAAAAGGUCCUCAAGGAGGCAAAUUAUACUGUCUUUAGCUAUACAAUUUUUGGCGGUCUUCACCUCAUUUAUCAUACAUGUAUUGGUGCCAAUCAAUACUUCAAAACGGCUCCAUACAAUCUAGAAUUUUGGCUUCACCACAGCUUUCUCGACAAACUUUGGGUGGAAUGGGAAAAAAACAACAAAGGUAGUAAAAGAGGUUUAUCACGUAUUAGCUACCUUAUGUAUGGCACUAUACAUUAUCCUUUGGAAUAUCUUGAUGUGAACCACUUACCCGGUGACGUAAAAGUGCUGUAUGAGGAGUGA